GAAUGUACCUGCUGCAGACCCCAGACCCACUUCCACGGGAGCUCCUCCUCACAAGAACCUGCACCCCUGCUGCAACUGUCGGCCAGCUCUUACACCCGUACCGAUCUCUGACUCAUCUGACCAAUCACAAUGGAAGAAGAAGAGGCCACAGCUUUGGUGAUCGACAACGGCUCCGGCCUGUGCAAGGCUGGCUUCGCCGGCGACGACGCGCCCAGGGCAGUCUUCCCUUCCAUCGUCGGCCGCCCAAGGCAUCAAGGCGUGAUGGUCGGUAUGGGCCAGAAGGACGCCUACGUGGGUGACGAGGCUCAGAGCAAGAGGGGUAUCCUCUCUCUGAAGUACCCCAUCGAGCACGGCAUCGUCACCAACUGGGACGACAUGGAGAGGAUCUGGCACCACGCUUUCUACAACGAGCUGCGUAUUGCCCCCGAGGAGCACCCCAUCCUCCUCACUGAGCCGCCACUCAACCCCAAGGCCAACAGGGAAAAGAUGACCCAAUUGAUGUUCGAGACCUUCAACGCCCCCGCCAUGUACGUGGCCAUCCAGGCCGUGCUGUCCCUCUACGCCUCCGGCCGUACCACCGGCAUUGUCAUGGACACCGGCGACGGUGUGACCCACGCCGUGCCCAUCUACGAGGGCUACUGUCUCCCCCACGCCAUCAUGCGUCUGGACCUGGCCGGCAGGGACCUGACCCACUACCUGAUGAGAAUCCUCUGCGACCGCGGCUACUCCUUUGUAACCACUGCUGAGAGAGAAAUUGUUCGUGACGUGAAGGAGAAGCUGUGCUAUGUGGCCCUGGACUUCGAGCAGGAGAUGAUGACCGCGGCCACCACUUCCAGCCUGGAGAAGAGCUACGAGCUGCCUGAUGGACAGGUCAUCACCAUCGGCAACGAGAGGUUCCGCUGCCCAGAGACCCUCUUCCAGCCAUCAUUCAUCGGCAUGGAGUCCCCGGGCAUCCACGAGCAGACUUACAACAGCAUCAUGAAGUGCGACAUCGACAUCCGUAAGGACCUGUACGCCAACAACGUGCUGUCCGGCGGCACCAGCAUGUUCCCGGGUAUCGCCGACCGUAUGCAGAAGGAGAUGACCGCGCUCGCCCCCAGCACCAUGAAGAUCAAGAUCAUCGCUCCUCCCGAGAGGAAGUACUCUGUAUGGAUCGGUGGGUCCAUCCUGGCCUCCCUGUCCACCUUCCAGCAGAUGUGGAUCACCAGGCAGGAAUACGACGAGUCGGGACCAGCAAUUGUCCACCGCAAGUGCUUCUAAAUGUUUCGUAGAGAGAAGAAGGAAAGAUGGAAAAACGUCUGUGAAGGAACUGUGGUAGGAUAGAAGCAGUUUAGCACAGGAGGAAAACAGGAAGUCAGAGAUUUGGCGCUCUAAUUGGUAUUUUGGUCAGUCAUGUCCCCGGGGACGAGAAUCUGACGACAGGUUGCUGAAAACCAAUGCGCAUGCGUGGCUGCUGUACCCUGGGGACGAUACAAAAUGGCGCCUCCCCACUGCCCGGUAUUACCCCAUGUUACGUAAUGCAUGUUCUGUGGACAAGAUCGUGAAUAUAUGUGCCAGACAUCCAUCUACCGAGAAGAUAACAAAAUAUGAAAACGGAUAUCUUUGUUUUUGUAAAACUUUGUACUACUCUUUUUUUGCAAAUAUAAAGGCUGAUCC